CUCUCACUAAAACCCUUAUACUCGGUUGUCUAUUCUUCGGUUGUAUGUCCAGUUUUACUGCGAGGAAAUAAUGCGUUAUUCUGUAGUUAGGUGUAACUGAUGUAUUUUUUGUAAAUAUUAGGGCCUGUGAAGUCUCACUGGACGAAUUUGUGUCGAUCAUUCGUGUUUGCAAACAACCCGUCUUUUAGCCGUGAGCACCAUCUCGUGUAAACAUGGCUCCGACUAUUCAGACACAACAAGCUCAACGGGAGGACGGCCACAGUCGAACGUCUUCUCACAGAACCGUACCAGAGAGAUCGGGAAUUGUUUGUCGAGUGAAGUACUGCAACAGCUUGCCCGACAUCCCCUUUGAUCCCAAAUUCAUCACAUAUCCAUUUGACCAGCACAGGUUUGUACAAUAUAAAGCCACUUCCCUGGAGAAGCAACACAAACAUGAACUCCUGACUGAACCAGAUCUUGGAGUGACCAUUGACCUCAUCAACCCAGACACCUACCGCAUAGAUCCCAAUGUCUUUUUGGACCCUGCUGAUGAGAAAUUGUUGGAGGAGGACAUCCAGGCUCCAUCCAGCUCCAAAAGAUCCCAACAACAUGCCAAAGUGGUGCCGUGGAUGAGAAAAACAGAAUACAUUUCCACAGAGUUCAACAGAUAUGGUGUCUCUAAUGAAAAAGUGGAGGUCAAGAUUGGAGUGUCUGUCAAACAGCAGUUUACAGAAGAAGAGAUCUACAAGGAUAGGGACAGUCAGAUUUCUGCUAUCGAGAAGACGUUUGAAGACGCACAGAAAUCGAUCUCACAGCACUACAGUAAACCCCGAGUUACUCCUGUGGAGGUCCUGCCCGUGUUCCCUGACUUUAAGAUGUGGAUCAACCCGUGCGCUCAGGUCAUCUUCGACUCUGAUCCUGCACCUAAAGAUAUUUCUGCUCCUGCAGGGGUGGAGAUGAUGUCUCAGGCCAUGAUCAGGGGAAUGAUGGAUGAGGAGGGGAAUCAGUUUGUGGCCUACUUCCUGCCCAAUGAAGAAACCCUUCGUAAGCGAAAGAGAGACUUUGAGGAGGGGGUGGAUUAUAUGGCAGAGGAUCUAUAUGAUUAUAAGAUUGCAAGAGAGUACAACUGGAAUGUCAAAAACAAAGCCAGCAAGGGCUAUGAGGAGAACUACUUCUUUAUCUUCCGAGAUGGAGACGGUGUUUACUACAAUGAGCUGGAGACGAGAGUGCGCUUGAGCAAGAGGAGAGCCAAGGCAGGAGCGCAGUCCACUACAAACGCUGUGCUGGUGUGUAAGCACAGAGACAUGAAUGAGAAGGAGCUGGAGGCCCAGGAGGCACGUAAGGCUCAGCUGGAGAACCACGAGCCAGAAGACGAGGAGGAAGACCUGGAGAAAGACAUGCAGGAUUCUGGUGACGAGAAGGAAAAGGGCAGCGGCAGCGAGGCAGAGAACUCCGGCAGCGAGUCUGAGAGGGAAGACGAGGACCAGGAACAAAGUGGCGAAGAGGACGAAGAAGAAGAGAACCCAGCGAAACGGCGACGGAAGGCAAGCGGCAGCGGUAGCGAAAGCGGCGAGGACAGGACCAGAGAAUUGCGGGACGAGGAAGAGAUCUUCGGCAGCGACGACGACGACGAACCCAAGAAUUCGGCCAGGAGCAGCGGGGAGGAGGGCAGCGGCAGCGAAGACGAAGGGGAGAACAGGAGGGGCAGCAGGAGUCGCAGCGCCUCUCCGGCACGCAGCGACCGCAGCAGCGACCACUCGGAGACUCGGGCUCAAAGUGGAAGUGAGCGAGGGUCAGAGUCCAGCGACGCCAGCGACAGUGAAUAAGACGUGCGUCCAGUUCAGCGCCUGCGCGUUCAGCUCCAAACAUGGCCGUUGUACACGGUCCUCAAGCUGUAGUUUAGUCUGGGGCUGCGUCUUCUGAGUGACUGCACACAUGCUCAUAUAGACUCCUCUUUUCAACCCAGCUUUAUUUGUAGAUUUCA